AUGACUAUUGGGGACAAACAGAGAUGGACAGCGCAGAACGUGCGUAGCACGUUUAUCGACUACUUCAAGGCGAAGGACCACAAGCUGGUGCCAUCGUCACCGGUUAUUCCAUACGACGACCCCACGCUGUUGUUUGCGAACGCCGGGAUGAACCAGUUCAAGCCGAUCUUCCUGGGGAUGGUGGACCCGGCGUCGGACUUCUACACGCUGAAGCGGGCGGUGAACACGCAGAAGUGUAUCCGGGCGGGCGGCAAGCACAACGACCUGGAGGACGUUGGGCUGGACUCGUACCACCACACGUUCUUCGAGAUGCUGGGUAACUGGUCUUUCGGCGACUACUUCAAGAAGGAGGCGAUUGCGUACUCGUGGGAGCUGUUGACGAAGGUGUACGGCCUGCCGGAGGACCGGCUGUACGUGACAUACUUCGAGGGUGACGAGUCUCUGGGGCUUGCUGCGGACGAGGAGGCGCGGGACCUGUGGCUAUCGGUGGGAGUGGCGCCUGAUCACGUGAUCGCUGCUAACGUCAAGGACAAUUUCUGGGAGAUGGGCGACCAGGGCCCGUGCGGGCCCUGCUCGGAGGUCCACUUCGACCGCAUAGGGGGGCGCAAUGCCGCCGCGCUUGUGAAUCAGGACGACCCGAACGUCAUCGAGAUCUGGAACAAUGUGUUCAUCCAGUUCAACCGUGAACAUGACGGUAGCUUGAGACCUCUUCCUGCGAAGCAUGUUGACACCGGUAUGGGAUUUGAGCGUCUAGUGUCUGUACUACAGGACGUGCCUUCCAACUAUGACACCGAUGUUUUCCAGCCUCUAUUUGCUCGCAUUCAGGAGAUUACUGGUGUGAGACCUUACUCCGGAAAGUUUGGUGCGGACGACAAGGACGGAAUUGACACUGCAUACAGAGUCCUUGCUGACCACGUCCGUACGCUAACGAUUGCAUUGGCCGACGGCGGUGUUCCCGACAACGACGGAAGAGGCUAUGUGUUGCGUCGUAUCCUAAGACGUGGUGCUCGUUAUGUCAGAAAGUACAUGAACUACCCAACCGGCAAGUUCUUUUCUCAGCUUGCGCCAACUCUGAUAGAGCAGUUCAAGGAUGUUUAUCCUGAGCUAACCAAGAACCAGUCCUACUUGUUCGAUAUUCUGGAUGAAGAGGAGGCUUCUUUUGCGAAAACCUUGGACCGUGGUGAGAAGCUUUUCGAGAAGUACGCCGAGACGGCCAAGAACAGUGGCUCGAAGAUCCUAGACGGGAAGCAAGUUUGGCGUUUAUACGACACUUACGGCUUCCCAGUCGACUUAACACAGCUAAUGGCCGAUGAGCAUGGUCUAAAGGUGGACAAUGAGGGUUUCGAGCAGGCGAAGCAAGAGUCCUACGAAGCGUCCAAGAAAAACGGCUCGAAGGGCGAUGCCAACUUGAUCAAGCUAAAUGUCCAUGAGGUCUCGCAGCUAAGUGAUGAAGGCGUUCCAAGAACUGACGACUCUGCCAAGUACGGUACUCAGGAUAUCGAAGCGACAAUUCUCCGUAUCCACGAUGGAGAAAACUUUGUUGAGCAGAUGACCGAGGUUGGCAAACAGUAUGGUAUCCUUCUAGACCGUACCUGUUUUUACGCCGAGCAGGGUGGUCAGGAGUACGACAAGGGUAAACUCGUCAUUGAUGACGCAGCCGAGUUCAACGUGGACAAUGUGCAGCAGUACAGCGGUUACGUCUUCCACACCGGUAACUUGGCUGAUGGGAAGCUUUGUGUGGGUGACAAGAUCAUUGCCUCGUACGAUGAGCUACGCCGUUACCCUAUCAGGAACAACCACACCGGUACACAUCUUCUAAACCACGCUCUAAGAACUAUCCUCGGUGACAAUAUCGACCAGAGGGGUUCUUUGGUGACACCAGAAAAGUUGAGAUUUGACUUCUCUCACAAGAAACCUAUGUCUUACGAAGAGUUGGAGCAGGUUGAGACCAUCUGCAACCAACAAAUCAGAGAGAACAGGUCGGUCUACUACAAAGAUAUACCUUUGGAUGUUGCGAAGUCCAUCCACUCCAUCCGCGCUGUUUUCGGUGAGACAUACCCAGACCCAGUGCGCGUCGUUUCUGUCGGCAAGUCAGUUGACGAAAUACUAGAAAGCCCAAGCAAUGAAGAGUGGGCCAAGUAUUCUAUUGAAUUGUGUGGUGGUACGCAUGUUUCUAAGACUGGUGACAUUAAGGAGUUUGUCAUUAUUGAGGAGAGCGGUAUUGCAAAGGGUAUCAGAAGAAUUGUUGCUGUUUCCGCGAGUGAAGCCUAUGAAGUGCAGAGAGUUGCCAGGGAAUUUGCAUUGGAGCUUGAUGCCAUCGAUAAGCUGCCUUUUUCCAUGAUUAAAGAGAAGAAGAUACGUGAAAUUGGUGUCAGGCUGGACCAAUUAAACAUCUCUGUUAUUACGAAGAACGAAUUGAAGACCAAGUUUACCAAGAUGGAAAAAGCGGUCAAGGAUGAGGUUAAGACCAAGGCUAAGAAGGAAAUGAAGCAAACCCUGGACGCGGUCAAGGAAUACUUCGCAGCGAAUGAGGAUGCUACCUUUUUCGUGAAGUCUCUGGACAUUUCAGCCAACCCUAAGGCCGUCACGGAGGCUGUUCAGUACUUGAAGAACUCCGCUAGGGACAAGACCAUCUACUUGUUCACUGGUAACGACCCAGAGGGUAAGGUUGCUCAUGGCUGUUUCAUCUCCGACGAUGCUCUCGCAAAGGGUAUUGACGGACCCGCUCUUGCGAAGGUAGUAUCCAGCAAGAUCGGUGGUAAGGCCGGUGGUAAGGGCAACGUUUUCCAGGGCAUGGGAGACAAGCCGGCUGGUAUUGACAGCGCCAUCGCUGAAGUUGAAGCUUCUUUCAAAGAAAAGUUAAUAUUAUGA